CACUGAUUGGCAGCACUGAUAGGUGGCACUGAUUGGCAUUGAUAGGUGGCAUUGACUGGCACUGAUGGGUGACACUGAAAGGCAGCUCAGAUGGGCACUGAUAUGUGGCAUUGAUAUGUGGCACUGAUGUGGCACUGAUGGGCACUGGCAAGAGGCACUGAUGAGCACUGACAUAAGGCACUAAUGGACACUGACAGGUGGCGCUGCUGGGGCUACACUGAUCAUCAGGGCACACUGAUCAUCAAUGCCCUGAUGAUCACUGUCAGCAUGACAGCUCGAGAGGAGAGAAAUGCCAAUAAUCGGCAUUUUACUAUUUACAUGUGAUCAGCUGUGAUUGGA